AAUUAAGAAGAAGCGUCGUUUUCCAGACACCAUCACAGGCAGCAGUUGUUCGUGGCCUAAACCAAGAAAUACAUACGAAAAAGAUAUUUGGAUCUUCAUACUAGAGGAUAACUGAAUCCAACUGGGUUCAAAUUAAGGUUUGAAGACACUUUAAAGACAAUUAUUUCCAAACAAAGUCGUCCCGUUCAACCAUUUGAGGUGCACGAAGAAAAAAAAAAAACACAUCAAGAUCUAGCCAUGUCUCGCAGAAGAAGCCGCAGCUCAUCACCGGUGCGAUUUUCACGCACCUGCAACAGUAAAGAUCCCAAGGAUUUGAAGAGAAGAAUUUUUGUUGGGAAUUUGCCAACAUCUGACAUGACAAACAAGGAUUUGGAAGAGCUUUUCGCUCCAUAUGGGAAGAUAGUCGGCGUGUCCUUGUUACGAGGUUAUGGAUUUGUUCAAUUUGAGCGCCUUGAGGAUGCUGAAUCUGCGAGAACAGCUCAAAAAGGCCGAAUUUAUAAAGGGUACAAACUAGAUGUAAAUAUGGCAGUGGAGCGACGACAAGCUAAACCUCAUUCCGAGCAGAGCCCUCCUCGAAGGCUCCAAUUUGACAAAGAUGGCAGGCCUCGAUCGCGUUCACCUGUCUAUGGGCGCGACUCAAGGGAGCCUCGGGACCUUCGUGAUGGGAGGGACUCUGCCAGGGAGCCCAGGCCAGGCAGCCUCUCUCGCGACCCUGAAUAUCGGAUCCGCUCCCAUAGCAGAGACAAAGACGGCAGGGCUGAUUCCAGGGAUCCUGCUUUUAGCAGAGAUGAUUAUGACCGAUACUACCGCAGUAGCAGUGCUGCAGAAGAAUAUUACAGAAGAAAGGAAGAAUCCUUUAGGGACCCUUAUUUGGACCCCUGGAAUGGACGUCGUGAGGCUGUAGUAGAUGAUCGCAUUCGGCCAGAGGAGCGACGACGUAAUGAGCUGUAUCGACAUUACUUCGAAGAACUCCAACGGCGCUACGAUGCAGACCGCCCUGUCGACUGCUCUGUGAUUGUUGUAAACAAGGCUCAGAAUAGGGAGUAUGCAGAGACGGUGGGACGGAAAAUCCGUGAUCUGGGAAUGGUUGUGGAUCUAAUCUUCCUGAACACAGAGGUUUCUCUCACCCAGGCUCUAGAGGACGUAGGCCAAGCCAGAACUCCCUUCGCCAUCAUCAUUACUCAGCAGCAUCAGAUGCACCGAUCUUGCACUGUGAACAUCCUGUUUGGUACACCUCAAGAACAUCGGAACAUGCCAAUGCAAGAUGCUAUGGUACUGGUCGCCCACAACUACGACACCUACAAAGUGGAGAACCGUGACAAAGAACGAGAGGAAAUUGCGAGAAAGGCUGCCAAGAUGGCGGAUGAUGUGUUACUGCGGGAACCUGACAGAGAGGGCCAUCCCAUUUCAGUGCUCACUUCCAUCACACUGCUUUCUGAAAACAGAUUUUUAACCCCAGAGGAGUUGGACACGCUCAUUGUCUACCUGAAGGAUAAGAGAGCCCGUCUUGUAAGAACUCCAAAAGAUCCUCUUACAGCAGCUCAUCCAUCUUCUGCAGUGUCGCAUCAUGAUGUUCUACCACCAGCUGCAGGAUCUGCUUCAUCUUCACUCCCCACUUCCCAGCCAAGCCACCUGGCGGCCGGUCCCAGCGCCUCGUCAAACCCGAGUCAUCAGCAGGAGCUGCAGGCUAAAAUCCUUAGCCUGUUUAACAGCACCUCCAACCCCAUGUCAGGACCCUCUGGCAUUUCUCAGAGUGUCUCUCAGUCACAUUCUUAUGGCUCUCUUGGCCCUUCCCCAAAUCCAUCCCGUCCACCAAUGCCUUCAGGGGGAUCCCAGGGUUACGGUAUCCCACUGGGGCGCUUACCCCCUGCCAGUGCUGCUCAGAGACCCCCUGCAUCCACCUCUGGUAUCAAUUUUGACAACCCCAGUGUCCAGAAAGCUUUGGACACUCUGAUUCAGAGUGGACCGUCUCUGAAAACCCUGGUGGGGCCUAGUUCUGCUCAGCAGCCCCCUCCACGACCAGCUCCUAGCAUGAGCCAAGGCCCCCCCAUGUCCAUGUAUCCUCGUCAUUAUUGAGAAGCAGUACGAGUUAAAUGAUCGGUUAGAGGCUAAUAUACUGCAACCAUUUCUGUGAUAGAUUCUCUUGUGAUGUGUUGGUAAUCCCAGAGGAUGUUUUGUAAAGGUUUUAUAUUCGUCCUUGAUUUUGUGUUGUUAAAUUUGGAUGCUUACGUUAGAUCAAAUACUCUUCAGUUUGCCUGAAAUAUUUUACUGAAACUUUUACUGCGUGUGGUUGAAAAACAAGUUAUAAAAAUAUGUUUCUGUUUGUGGUUGAGAUGGUUUUCUGCCCUGACCUGAGGAUAUUUUAUAGCUUUGGAUUGUGCUGAUUAAUGUGUACUUUUGUUUUCAGUGUCAAAACAACAAGAUUAAAAACUUGAGGCACA